AAAUGACACUAUAUACAUCUCAUGUGUUUUAUUUACCAAUUUCCUAUUUUACUUUUUACGAAUUCCAUCCGAAAUGGCUUAUACUAACUAAAGUUAUAUUUGUGACCCACAAAAUCCAAUCUCCCUUUUAAUUGAGGAGUCUUUGCGUUGUACAAACGUAACAAGAAUCGUCUGAUUAUCAAUUCCAUUAGUUUUUAUGUUAUUUUAUUUCUCAGCUUGCAUUUUCUCAAACAUUUGGAACUACAAAUAUGUAAAAAGGGCAAAAGUUGGUUGACUUGAAUAAUGUCAAGGUCUAAUUUUUCUGGAAUUACAAAUAUGUAACGAAGAUAAAUUAGGAUACCAAGUCAUAAAAAUUAAGACAAGGAAACAUCAGGCCGUAAAGACUAAGAGGAAAUAAUUAGUGAAAUUGAGAACUAAAUCAAUGUCUUCAAAAGGACAGUCCAACGACCAAGAAAUCAAAUUGAAAUCGUAGUAGUACAACCAAAUUGGUUUUAACUAUGUGGGGAAAAAAAGGACAAAAGAUAAUCAAGGGUUGAAAUGGUAUGGUGUGAAUAAGAGUCAAAUUGACUGGUCAUAUUGUGUAACAAAAAAAGAGUUAUGACCUUAGCAUGGGUUAAGAUGAGGUCUAUUUUCUCUAAUAAUUAUAUUCUCUCUAUACUACAUGUUCCAUUUUUUCCCCACAAAUCAUGAAUGUUAUCUCAUGAGACAUCAUUCAUGAUUUGCUCAUCACCUUCUUCCUCUUCUUUUUUUUCUGAUUUUCCUGUAAGGAAUCAGACAUACUCCAUAUCCAAAUUCUGUCAGAAUUAUUAGAAGAGGAACAUAAUUAACUACUAAUUAAACCAGGUUUUUUACAUAAUUAAUCUUGAUUAAUUACAUGUAAUAAUGGCUUUGAUGUCCCAAGACAAGAUCUAAUUGCAAGGGGGCUGAAUAUAUAAUUAAGGCAGAGAGAUGGGUGCAUGUUGUACCUGUCAAAGGGGGCAAAAAUUGGAAGGCAAGAAUCAUCAUCACCAUAGUUAUUUUGAGGAGAAUAACGGGGAGCAAAAAGAGGCUGAAGAUGAUUAUCAAAGCAUGGUAGGAAGAGGAGAUUUUGGUGCCAAUGUAAGGUUGUGUGGAUUUUCUAAAUUUGUAUCAAUGUAUAGUCAACAAGGUAAAAAGGGGAUCAAUCAAGAUGCCAUGACUGUUUGGGAGAAUUUUGGUGGACAGAAAGGUAUGUUCUUUUGUGGUGUCUUUGAUGGACAUGGACCAUCCGGACACAAGGUGGCACGCUAUGUUAGAGAUUCGUUACCUUCCAAAAUUUCAUCGUCCAAUGUUAUCAAUACAAACAAUAUUAGAUGGGAUGUCGAAAAAGAUGAUGAAACGGACAACCCAAUCUUUGCUGCAUGGAAAGAUAAAUUUCUUGAGUCCUUUAAAGAAAUGGAUGAAGAACUUGAAGGUGAUGGUUCUAUUGAAAGCUAUUGCAGUGGUACAACUGCAGUGACUUUAGUUAAACAGGGAGAACAUUUGAUAGUUGGGAAUUUAGGAGAUUCUCGUGCUAUUAUUUGCACCAGGGAUGAAAAAAAUGAGCUUGUUGCUCAACAACUCACGGUCGACUUGAAGCCGAACCUACCAGCUGAAUAUGAAAGAAUCAAAAGUUGUGAAGGAAGAGUUAUGGCAAUGGAAGAAGAACCAAAUAUAUACAGAGUGUGGAUGCCUGACCAAGAUUGUCCAGGCCUUGCCAUGGCUAGAGCUUUCGGAGAUUUUUGCUUGAAAGACUUUGGUCUCAUCUCAGUUCCUGAAGUAUAUUACAGAAAGCUCUCUGAAAAAGAUGAAUUCAUUGUCUUAGCAACAGAUGGGUUGUGGGAUGUUUUGAGCAACGAUGAAGUGAUUCGGAUAGUAGCUACAGCGAGGAAGCGAUCUAUUGCAGCAAGACUGGUGGUGCAUCAUGCAGUUAGAGCCUGGAAAUACAAGUACCCGUGUGCCAAGAUCGAUGAUUGUGCUGUAGUAUGCUUGUUCUUGAAACGACAGAAGCCUCUGCUAACGAAAUCAUUGUCAGAAGUGACCGAACUGAGCUUAAAUUACACAGAAAUAGCAAGCUACACCCCCAACUCUAAGAUAGAUGAUGGUCUUGAUACACUGCUAAAUUAUCAACUCAAGGAAGAAAAAGAUCCACAUGUUGCAACUGGACUCAAUGAUGACCAUAAAAAGAGUUCUUCGAGGCACGCUCGUUACCUUAGCAGAAGAAAAUCUGCAAUGAAUUUUUGAGUCCAUUAUAAUCAGCAGUAAUGUGUGAAACUAAAAAAAAAUGUAAGCUAUAAAAUUAAAUGAAAUACUUGUAUGUAUUUUGAUUUGUAUAGUAGUCAAAUAGCCUAAGGCAAAAGAGAAUGGUUGGGUAGAUGAUGGUAUAUAUAUCUGGCAAAAGAAUGAUGACAAAAUCAGGAUUGACACUUCGGAGAUUUGAAAAUGUUGUUGGUAGAUAACCUAGCUGCCAUUAUCAUGAAUCAUGAUACAACUCGGGUCGAGGACCGGGGAAGUUUAAAAGAGGAUGAAACCUAGCAGCUUCCGGUCGGGGUGCACUACACCAAAAAAGGCUUUUAGUGGCAAUAUAUUUUUCUUUUAGCAGCAAUAGUUAUUGCCACAAAAACAUUACCAGCAAUUAGUUAAUGUCAUUAGAUCUAAGGUCGCUAAAGCCUUUAGAGACAUUUAUUGUUAGGGCGAAAGUUUGGUAUUGCAGGUA